GGUGAAGGGAUUGGAUUCGACAAAGGCGACAUCGAUACUCUGCACGGUCUAGUCGAUCAUUAUGGAAGGCUGCAACGGGAGGAAUUGAAGAUGAUGAUGGUGCGGUAGAUCUGGUAUUGGCUGACAUCAGCGAGAAGGAGGAGCAAGAAGGAGGGCUAUCUGAAUAUAAUGGUCCUUCAUGGGUACCGUUGUGUCGAAAAAGGUGGUCAAUUUUUUGCUUUUCAGAGAUUCUAUGGCCUCUGUCUCGAGACCAAGCAUGGUGUUUCGAUCAAAGAUAUUUGUUAUAAGAGGCUUAUUGGCCAUGGUGAUAGGUUUUGUCCUCAGAUUCCGGAUCACCUAAAUUCAGCACAACUAAAGGAAUUUUGUCCGCGGUGCGGGCAAGUAGUGGAUUUAGUAGUAGAGGUGGAUGAAAUAAAUGGCCCGUGGCAGAGAAUUUCAAUAAACAGAGGGUUGAUAUUGAUGGAGGUUUUGAGGGGUCCAAUCUGGAAAGGGAGAUAAUGGUUGUGGGUUCGAGUACAGAUGUUUAUGCAGGUGAGGCUUCAGAUCCAGAGAACCUGGGGGAAGGAGUACAAGUAGCUAAGCAGAAGCGAUGUAGAUUGGAAUUGUCAGGAGAGGCAUACACAAUGAUGGAGGUUGAAACCAGUGGAGGAAAAAAUGGAGUGGGGGCGAGCUCUGGGUAACACUCGCCCGACAAGUUGAAAAAUGGCUGAGUAUCUGAUGAUGGGCAAGGAUGUUGAUUACGUGAGGCCAGGAGAUAUGAAUGCUUACCGCAACAAGAUGACAACAUAGUUACUAGUUCAUUUUGGUGUCAUAGGAGCAUAAACUUGAAAAACUGAUGACGAAUGUUUUUUUGAAUUUUGAGUGAUGGAUAUUAAGAGAAGUGGAUAAAAUAUAUUGAAGUAUUAUUUUGAUUUUGAAUGUCGAUUUUUUGAGAACAUUAAUCACACCAGUUGAACUUUUAAUUCUAAUAUUUUGUUUUGAAAUGUGUAUUUGUUGGAGUAGAUAUAUGUUAGUGCACUAUAGAUGGACUGACUAUAUAUGUUGUGUUAUCAUGUGGGC